AUGGGUCGUCCAGAUCAAACUCCGAGUCCGAGAAUGCACAACAACUUCAAUCCGAUGUUUCAUCCACAACCUGCACCUGAACCACCGGUGUACGAAAAGCAAAUGGUCGACACCGAGCAGAAAUAUCCUCACAAUGGUGGAAUGCUUAACCAAUCAAGCGGAGUACCAAAUAUGCCCAGACCGGUUCAACCUACGUAUAUCAAUCCCGGUCGAAUGGGUAACCAACCUUACGUACCACCACAAAUGGCCCGACCGGUAAAUAUUAACCAAAACUGGACUUCAGGACUUUUUGAUUGCAUGAACGAUGGUGAAAAUGCAAUCAUCACAUGUUUCUUUCCAUUCGUCACAUUUGGACAGAUCGCAGAAGUUACCGAUGAAGGUGCAACAAGUUGUGGAACGGGUGGAAUGUUGUACGGCUUGAUAUGUUGUUUAUUUGGGAUACCAUGUGUUUACUCAUGCACAUUCCGGGCCAAGAUCCGAAGCAAAUUCGGGUUAGCGGAUGCUCCAGCUCCAGAUUGGAUCACUCAUUGCUUCUGUGAAUAUUGUGCACUUUGCCAAGAAUAUCGUGAGCUCAAGAACCGUGGCCUUGACCCUGCCAUUGGAUGGAGUGGGAAUGUGCAAAGACAGCGACAACAACAAGAGAUGAUGGCUCCCCCAAUGGGUCAGCGGAUGAUGGGUUGA